AGGAGGAGGGAGAGGGAGAGAGAGAGAGAGAGAGAACUCCAGCGCUCUCUCAGAUCUUGGCUGGGCUGAGGACACCCAGUAGAAGUGCAUUCCUGAGGCAGCCGGCGACGGGAAAGCAGCCGGACAGAGCGGAGGAGACGGCGCGACAUCCUCUAAAUCUCUCCGUGAUCACAUCUGACUGCUUCCGACCUCCGCUGGACUCGCACGCUUCUCACACACACACACGCACACUCGCACGCUCGCCAGCAGCCCAGUCGGCUAGUGGAGGAUCUCCCUGCGCGAGCCACAGCGAGGGGCAGAAUUAAAGAAACGGAGGAAAUUGAAAUCAUUUGAGAGAAGGAAAGGAUCCGCUCUCUAGCUCUCUAACCUGUGUCAUGCAGCGGUGAACUCCGUUGAGCCAAUCUGCAGUGAUCUGAUUUGAAGACUGACCGUCUUACCCCCUAACACUGCCCAGAUGGAGCUGAAGGUUUGGGUGGACGGAGUGGUCCGGGUGGUAUGCGGACUGUCGGAGGAGACUUCCUGUCAGGACGUGGUCAUCGCGCUGGCACAGGCCAUCGGUCAGACGGGCCGUUAUGUUCUAAUCCAGCGUCUCAGAGACACAGAGAGGCAGCUUCUGGCCACGGAGAGGCCUCUGGAGUCUCUGGCAAAGUUAGGCCAACAUGGCAGUGAAGUUCAGUUCUUUCUGCGUCGCACUGGCCCCAGCAGCAGUGACGGACCCAGCUCAAAGCACGAGAGACCCAGCCCUCUUCCUCUGCCCAAGCCUCCAGAGCCAGAGCCUUCGAAGCGGAGUCAGCCGAAGAAAGCCCUGACCUUUAAUUUGGGCCCAUCCACCUCCCCAAAACCCAAGGUCCAGCAGUUUAAAAGGUCUCCUCGGGACUCUCCGGAGCAAAGAGCCUCCCCCUCCCCUUCGCCCAGCCCUUUAUCCCCUCGCGUGCCAUCUCCCUCUCCCUCGCCACCUGUAGGCCCGCCGAAAGAGGAAGUCUUCAGAAAAGUUCUUCAGCAGCAGGAGAGACUGAGGGCCAUCGAGGCCCAGCUGGAAGCUCUAGAAAUGGAGUCUCACACCUGGGAGCGUCCUUACCCUUCACCCUGUCCAUCUCCAGUCUCUGAUGCUCGUUUUCAAGAAGAGAUGGAUGCCUUGGAGCUAGCAAUGCGGAGAAACCAGGCCGAACUUGCACACGAGCAGUACUGGGAGGAGGAGUAUCAAGCAGAGGUGGAAAGGGAGCGAGGGAUGAGGAGGAAGCUGGGGGAGCUCCACGCCAAGCUGGAUGACUGUGGGCGACGGCUCCAUGAGUUCUCUGUUCGCUCUGCUCAGCUGGAACAAGAGAUCCAGCGGGAGAGCCAGGUGGAGGGAAAAGUCAGCGGGCCGGAGGAGUCGCUCGAUGCGGUGAAGGCAGAGCUAUGGAGCCAGGAGAGGAACGGGACGGAGCUGGAGGAGCAGAUAUCUGAGACUGAAAAGGCUCUUGGACAGGCAGAGUCUCUGCUGCAGGGCAAACAGGAGGAGCUGGAGGAGCUGAACAAGGAGCUGAGGCAGUGCAACCUGCAGCAGUUCAUUCAACAGACGGGUGUCGUGCCUGCGCACUCCAACUCGCGCUCAGAGCUUCACGAGCAGCUGGAACAGUUAGAACUUGCACAUUUUCUGCAGGAGGAAUACAGGAAUGGAAUUCCAGAUGAGUCUCCACCUCGCCCCACUGCGAAGCAGUUCAUGGGACAUCCACGCAACCUGCAAAACCCUCUCGUGUCCAGUCUCAACCCAGAGGUCCUGACAUCGCAAGAGUCGUCAUGGAGAUAAAACAUGGACCACAGGGCCAAGAGACAGUUGUUUCACUGUUCUGUCACCAUCACGUCUUAUUUAACCAUUUUAUACCACCGUCAUUCAUUCAUUAUUCAAUUUACCUUGAUUUACAUAAUGUAAAUAUGUUAGACAAAUAUAUUUACAAAGUUUUGCUACUGUAAACAUUUCAAAUGUAAAAUAAUUUAGAAAUCUUUGACUUAGACAAAUUAUUACUAUUACUAUGUAUUUAAAUAUAAUAAAAUGUGCAUUCUGUUUUACAUACGA